AUGGCAUCCGCAGCAGUUCAACAACCCACCGGGCACUCGACCUCCUUUGAACCCUUGACUACUACUCAACUGAAGAACAAUUCAGGCCCUCAGCAAGAGAAACAUCAUGUCCCGACCCAGUUGAACUAUUACAAGGAUCCUGGUGAUGGCAGCCCGCCGGCACCCAGUUAUGUCGGCAAACCAGAGACAUAUGAACGACCAAGCCAGCCUCUGGACGUGACCGUCCACGACAUCCGAGGGGAAGAACACAACUACAGUCUCGACAAGAAUGGAUUCCAGAUCCACCGCCAUGCGAGUGUCGAGAAGGACUUUGUCGACGAUGAGCAGAUCAAGGCCCAGUACUACCCGGAGACCGAACAGCUGUUAAAGGAUGCGACCGGUGCUUCACGUGUCUUCAUAUUUGACCAUACCAUCCGUCGAGCGCCCAAGGAUCAACGAGGACCAACUCCUACCAUCAACCUCCGCGGCCCCGUGACUCGCGUCCACAUUGACCAGAGCUACAGUGCAGCGAAGUCUCGAGUCCCGCACCACCUACCCGAAGAGGCGGACAAGUUGCUCUCCACCCGCUACCAGAUCAUCAAUGUCUGGAGACCGAUCAAGACCAUCCUCAAAGACCCCCUUGCCGUUGCGGAUGCGCAUUCGGUCCCCGACUCGGAUUUGGUCGGUGUUGCGCUGAUCUAUCCUGACCGGCGGGGCGAAACGUAUACGGUGCGCCCUAACCCCGACCAUAAAUGGUACUACCUAUACGGACAGACGCCUGAGGAGGUCCUUCUGAUCAAAUGUUUUGACUCCAAGCUGGAUGGUCGCGCGAGAAGAGUCCCGCAUACCGCGUUUGUCAAUCCGGAGACGGUCAACGAGUACUCGCGCGAGAGUAUUGAGGUCAGAGCGUUGGUGUUUCACGAGGAUGAGCCCGCAGAAUAG